AUGAUCUUCCGUAGUAGCCUUGAGGAACACUUCGCGUUGCUCACUGCGAGCAGGCGCGCUGGGUAUUUAAGGAAACCUAUGUGUUCGCUGUCGCCACUACAAGCCUUCUAGCCAAGUUCCAUCUGAUAGUGGACGAAGACUGGUUUGAAGAUCUCCCGAUACCACAGAAGGUAAUUAGUAAGUACCCCAAAGCUUGUUCAAUAUGGUCUCGGUGACAGUAUGAAACGAAGUCUAACUCAAAAAGCCUCCCUCAAAGACAUUCAGAGAUCUGCAAUCAAAAGAGUUCACGGAACAGUGGAAAACAUGCCCGACUACAAAGACUACGAAGACUACGAAGAGUCUUUCCUCGAUUCGCUUGAUUCGCUUCCAGAUCAGCAAACCUGCUUGUACGCAUUGGUUCUUCUCAAAAAGUUGCUUGAUGGCGCAUCCAAACUCCAACUUAGACCUGUGCCCGAAAGUUACGACGAAGAGCACAGAGUCGACGGCUUGUACGAACACCACAUUAAAAUGCAUGGUGAGUUGCGUGAUCUACGGAGAGCAUUUAAGGGAAAUGCAUGGAUAAACGGAAAACCCGCACAGGAAGGGGGGCAGCUUUCUGUGUGGGAUCACCGGCAAUAUGCUGAUAUAAUGCGAAGAAUCUUUUGGGAUAUUAGUGAGAUGACCAUUUAG